AUGAAAGAAAGAAACAAGGGUACUCAUGACAGUAAUAAUGAUGAUGAUGAUGAGGAAGAGGAGGAAGAUGAUGAAGAAACAACAACAACAACUACUACAACAAACAACAAUCGUAUUACUAAAAGAAGAAAGAAUGCCGAAUCACCUGAUAGUAAUGAUGGUGAUACAACAUCUACUCUUGCUAUAGAUCAAUUACGACAAAGAAAGAGAUCAUCAUCAUCAACGUCGUCAUAUCUGUUUAACAGUAAUAACAAGAGAGUAAUAAACAAUGAAGAAGGUGAUGAAAACGAAAAGAAUGAAAGAGUAGUAUACAAAGAGAAAGAAUUGAAAAGUAAACUUAAAAAAGAUUUACUAUUGAUUUGUCAAUCAUUAGAUGUAACAGCUACAAUGAAUCAAACCAAAGAUACAAUCAUUCAGAGUAUUUUAAAGAUACAAAACGAUAGAUUAUCAUUUAAACAUAAUAUGAUUGAUAAUAAUCCUUUACAAGAUUACAACAAAGGAUCACUUGAAUAUUCUUUACCGUGGCCAAUCAUCAGUAGAAUACUCGAUCUACUAUGGACGCAAUCAUCUAUUUGUACUUGUUACUAUAGCGAUCAAUUUAUUAGUACUGUAAAAUCACACUCAACCAAUAAUGACUUGGGUAUUUUUCAUUACUAUCAAAUGUGGCCAUUGUAUAAACCUCUUUUGGAUCAAUACAAAGAAUCAAGAAUGAAAUGUCCAAUGCAUUCGUACUACUAUUCAAAUGGUCUAGUUCCGUCAAUCAUCAUUUCAGCGCCAUUUGUUUUCGAUUUAAAAGACAAGCCAAUUUGGAGAGUACAACUUUUAACACUCUCCAAACGAGUCAACCAGUAUUUUUCAUUCAAAUAUUUUACCAAUGUUAAACUAUCAUUCAAUCAAGAUUUAUGGAAUCAUAUCAACGGUCAAUACUGUCCAAUCAAAACACCAAAACAACUUUCAAUCAGUAAUGCCUAUGACUAUGAUAGUUUUGGCAAUAACAACACAUCAAUAUUUUCGACAGUUGAAAAGUUAUCGAUCGUUGAUCAAACCAACUUUUCAACAAGUCAUAUCAAGAGUAUACAAAAACAAUUCAAGAAUAUCAAAUCUUUUACUUUAAGAAAUUAUUGUGCCUUUAAAACACCAUUCCUAUCACAAUUCAAGAAUCUUACAUCACUCAAUUUAAUAUUUGCACCAUAUAUUGAUGACCAACAACAACUAUUAAAUAUUCUUAAACCUGGGAUGAUUAAACUUUUACUCCCAAGUGAAUGGACAACAGAAGAAAUUACCCUUAAACCUAAACUAGCCAACACCAUUCAAAUCAGUAAUAUCACUCCACCAAAUCAAAUGCCAAACUUGCAUACCUUUCAUCUUCCCUAUGCAUCAUAUGAUAUGUCAUCGUUUGAUCAUCCAAAUGUUACAAAAUUGGUGGAUCCAUGUACCAACUCUCAAGCAAUGUCACUCAUUGUUCCUCCAACCAUUGACACUUUAAAAUUCAGUGCAGAUCCAAGUCUUUUUCUAGACAUCAAUUUAAUUACAAAGGCAACAUUUUUUAAUGAAUUGAAUGUCAACAAACUCAUUAUCAACUGUCAAACUGAAAUAUCAGAUCAAACUAUAAAUCAAAUGAAAAGACAUGGAUAUGAAUACGAUGGUGCAAUAAGAAAGUUAUCAACCAAAAGACAACUACAUUUUAUUAAAACAACUACACCAUCAACACCUGAAAUAAUCAUUCAAACACCUGAUAUAGUUGUACACAAACAAGUAGAGAUCAAUAAUCCAACACUACCAUUUUAUUUAAUUGAAAAGAUUAUUGGAUACUCUUGGAAUAGUUAUUAUUGUACUUGUGAUAUUGAAACUACACCAGACAAUGAAAAUCGUACACACUCUAGAGAUAUUACAGAUUACAUCAAACAAUCUGAAAUAUUCCUCAAGGCAAAAUCAAUAUGUCCAAUGCAUAAGAAUCAUAUACCAAAUACCGAUACAUACCAUCGAGAUAGUCCAAUACAACAAAUCAAUCAACAAAGAUUUGGAAUUUCUCAGUCAUGCAAAAGACUAUUCGAAUAUGUUUCAAAUCAUCUUGUCAAGAGAUCUAGUUUUGCUUUUCAAGAAUACGAAACAUUACUCAGACACCAACACUAUUCGAAUCAGUAUUGUCUAAUGGGUAAAUCAAUUGAAAAUCUCAUCAUUGAAGUACCCCAUCAAGUCACUGGUAAAGUUUGGGAGUUUCUAAAUCUUCAUCAUUAUUCAAAUACUCAAAGUUUGAAAUUCAUGCUAGUGCGCCCAUCUCAAUUACCUAGUGUCCCUGUAUUCAUCAAUUCACUUGGUCGAUUACAAUCUCUAACUUCAUUGGAUAUAUCUCAAUGGAGACUACUAGAUCAAGAAAGUACAUUGGCUAUCAAAGAAUUAAAAAAUCUACCUCUUAGAAAAUUAUACUAUCAAAUGAAAGAUAAUCAAUUUCUAUUUCAAGACAAUAAUGAUGGUGACAGUGAAGAUGAUUCAAGUAAAUGGCCAAUUACAAAAUCAUUGGAAUCAGUAUCUAUCAACUCUUUUGAUGUCAUUCCAAAAUUGGAUAGAUUACCAAAACUCAGACAUCUAAGAAUUGAUAUAGAACGUGAACAAGGACAAAAUGGAAAUGUAGAGUUGACAGAACAACAAAUCCAAUCAAUUCUUCCAUCCACCAUCACCAAACUAUCAUUCUCUGAUACCAAUAUUGCCAAAAUCAGUCAAUACAAUCCUCAAGUAAACCAACUAGUCAUGUUAUCACCCAACAAUAACUACUAUUUUGACCAUCAAUUCUAUUUACCCUAUGAUAAUGUACAAAAGAUAUCAAUUAGAAUGGUAUCCAUUCAUCAUAUCAAUCGCCGGUACCCUCACAUUUCACCUCAAAGUAACUUUCAAUUAAUUGGAACCUUUUACACGAGCAUAAACACAGAUGGCACAGUAAAUCAUAAAUGGGUCUAUUUAAGGAAGAAUCAACAACCCUACAGUUCAACCAACCCAACAGCUACGACUACUAAAUAUAAAUAA